CCUCCGCGCGCGAGGGCCGGGCCACUCGGAGCAGCUCCGCCGGGGGGACUGCACCGCCCGCCCUGCCGGACCCGCCCCGACCGGGGCUCGCCGCCUGCAGUAGCCGCAGCACCGCGACCUGGGGCCCCGCGCGGGCUGUGGCCGUGCCCCGGGGCUGAGCGCGCAGGCUGUGUGACCGUGAUUCCAGAGGAGAGAGAGAGACUGAGAAGACAGGAAGGAGGGGCGGGCUCUUGGCAAGGCAUCCACUCCUGAACUGAGUCCUGCAAAAGAUGGAGAAGGAAGAGGACACGACCCGGGAGUUGCUGCUACCCAACUGGCAAGGUAGUGGCUCCCAUGGGCUGACCAUUGCCCAGAGGGAUGAUGGCGUCUUUGUGCAGGAGGUGAUGCAGAACUCCCCUGCGGCCCGCACUGGAGUGGUCAAGGAGGGGGACCAGAUUGUGGGUGCCACCAUCUACUUUGACAACCUGCAGUCAGGUGAGGUGACCCAGCUGCUGAACACCAUGGGGCACCACACCGUAGGCCUGAAGCUGCAUCGUAAGGGGGAUCGCUCCCCUGAGCCUGGCCAGACCUGGACCCACGAGGUCUUCAGCUCCCGAAGCUCCGAGGUGGUUCUGAGCGGGGAUGAUGAGGAGUACCAGCGCAUCUACACCACGAAGAUCAAGCCUCGGCUGAGGUCAGAGGAUGGAAUAGAAGGGGAUCCUGGGGAGACCCAGAGCCGCACCAUCACAGUGACUAGAAGGGUCACGGCCUACACUGUUGACGUCACAGGCCGAGAGGGAGCCAAGGACAUCGAAUUUAGCAGCCCAGAGUUCAAGAUCAAGAUUCCACAGCAUGAAAUGACUGAAAUCUCCACUGUGGAUGUGGCCACCCACCCUGGCAAGACAGUGAUCAGAUUGCCCUCGGGCUCGGGGGCUGUGUCUCCUACUGCAGGCUCUGUCAUGGACAUCUGGGCAGGGUCUGUUUCUGCUUCGGGACCAGAGCUCCAAGGUGCUGGCCACUCGAAGCUCCAGGUCACCAUGCCUGGGAUAAAGGUGGGAAGCCCAGGAAUCAAUGUCAGUGCAAAGGGCUUGGACUUGGGUGGCAAAGGAGGGGUCCACAUUCCAGGAGUGGAUGUCUCGUCUUCUCUUGGAGGGGGAGCAGUGGAGGUGCAGGAUCCGUCUCUGGAGAGUGGCAGUAAUGGGAGAAUUAAAAUUCCCACCCUGAAGGUGCCAAAAUUUGGUGUUUCGACAGUGCCUGAAGGCCAGGCACCAGUGGCAGGGCUGAGCAUUUCCACACCUGAAUUCUCUGUGGGGCGCCAGGGUGGCAAACCAGGCCUGAUGGUUGGUGGGAACAUACAGACCCCUCAGCUAGAAGUCGGUGCUCCUUCUGUCAAUAUCGAAGGGCUUGAGGGGAAACUGAAGAGCCCCCAGAUUGCCGGGCCAUCCCUUGAGGGUGACCUAGGCCUGAAAGGUGCCAAGCCACAGGGGAGCACAGGGGUGGGCAUCUCUGUGCCGCAGAUCGAUGGCACCGUCACUGGCCCCAGUGUGGAAGUUCAAGCUCCUGACAUUGGUAUUCACGGGUCUGGGGGCAAACUGAAUAUGCCCAAGAUGCAAGUUCCCAAAUUCUCUGUAUCAGGUUCUAAGGGAGAGGGAGCUGGUGUUGACGUGACACUGCCCACAGGUGCAGUGACUCUUCCUGGGGUGUCUGAGGAUGUCAGCCUGCCUGAAGUUGCCGUUGGGGGGCUGGAAGGGAAAGUGAAAGGCACCAAAGUCAAGACUCCUGAAAUGGUUAUUCAGAAACCUAAAAUCUCCAUGCAGGACGUGGAUUUGAGCUUUGGGUCCCCUAAAUUGAAGGGAGACAUGAAGGUUUCAGUGCCUGGUGUGCAAGGUGAUGUCAGAGGCCUGCAAGUGGCCAUCAAAGGCUCCAAAGUGGACAUAGAGACCCCGAGCCUUGAGGGGACCCUGGCAGGACCCACACUGAGUAGUCCUUCUGGGAAAACGGGAACAUGCAGUAUCUCAAUAGCAGAUGUUGACUUAAAUGCAGCUGCACCUAGAGCGAAAGGGGGUGUAGAUAUCCUACUCCCCAAAGUGGAAGGGAAAGUCAAAGUCCCUGGGGUUGAUGUCAGAGGCCCCAGAGUGGAUGUCAGUGCCCCAGAUGUGGAGGUCCAUGGCCCAGAAUGGAACCUGAAAAUGCCCCAGUUUGGCACUCCAGGAGUUGAAGGGGAAGGCCUGGAUGUAGAUGUGAAACUACCCAAAGGCGAAGUCAGUAUUGCAGGGUCCACAAUCAAUGUGGAGGCCCCAAAUGUCAACAUAGGGGGCCUGGGAGGCAAACUUAAAGGCUCUGAUGUUAAGCUGCCGGAAGUGAGUGUCAAGACACCAAAGAUCUCUAUGCCUGAUGUGGAUUUGCACGUUAAAGGCACAAAGGUGAAGGGAGAGUAUGAUGUAACAGUACCAAAACUCGAAGGAGAGCUAAAAGGCCCUAAAGUAGACAUUGAUGUCCCAGAUGUGAACAUUCAAGGCCCAGACUGGCACCUGAAGAUGCCCAAGAUGAAAAUGCCCAAGUUCAGUGUGCCAGGUUUCAAAGCCGAGGGCCCAGAAGUGUACAUGAACCUGCCUGAGGCUGAUGUGGAUAUUUCUGGGCAUAAGGUAGACGUUAGUGCUCCUGAUGUGAACAUUGAGGGACCAGAAGGGAAAUUGAAAGGACCUAAGUUUAAGAUGCCUGAGAUGAAUAUCAAAGCCCCCAAAAUCUCCAUGCCAGAUGUGGACUUACAUCUGAAAGGCCCUAAAGCAAAAGGAGAAUACGACAUCACAGUGCCAAAAGUUGAAGGUGAGAUUAAGGUUCCUGAUGUUGAACUUAAAAGAGCCAAAGUGGACAUUGAUCCUCCAGAUGUGGCUGUUCAGGGCCCAGACUGGCACCUGAAGAUGCCCAAGAUGAAAAUGCCCAAGUUCAGCAUGCCUAGCUUCAAAGCAGAGGGCCCAGAAGUGGACAUGAACCUGCCCAAGGCCGAUGUUGACGUCUCAGGACCCAAGGUGGACACUGAUGUUCCAGAUGUGAAUAUCGAAGAAGCUGAGGGAAAGCUGAAGGGUCCCAAGUUUAAGAUGCCUGAGAUGAACAUCAAGGCCCCUAAGAUCUCCAUGCCUAAUGUGGAUUUGCAUAUGAAGGGUCCCAAGGUAAAGGGGGAAUAUGAUGUUACAGUGCCAAAGAUGGAAGGGGAGCUCAAAGGGCCAAAAGUAGACAUCAGUGCCCCAGAUAUUGAAGUUCAUGGUCCUGAAUGGAACCUCAAGAUGCCCAAGAUAAAAAUGCCCAAAUUUAUCAUGCCCAGCCUCAAAGGGGAGGACCCACAAGUGGACGUGAACUUGCCCAAGGCUGAUGUAGACAUUUCUGCACCCAAAGUAGAUAUUAGUGCUCCAGAUUUGAGCCUUGAAGGACCAGAAGGAAAGUUGAAAGGCCCCAAGUUUAAGAUGCCUGAGAUGCACUUUAAAGCUCCAAAGAUGACUCUGCCAGAUGUUGACUUGGAUCUUAAAGGACCCAAAAUGAAAGGCAAUCUAGAUGUGUCUGCACCAGAAAUAGAAGGUGAGAUGAAAGUUCCAGAUGUGGACAUCAAAGCACCAGAUGUGGACGUUCAAGGAGCAGACUGGAGCCUGAAAAUGCCGAAGAUGAAAAUGCCCAAGUUCAGUGUGCCGAGUUUGAAAGGCGAAGGCCUAGAUGUGGACAUGAACCUACCCAAGGCUGACAUUGACAUAUCAGGACCCAAGGUGGACAUUGAAUCCCCAGAUGUGAGCCUUGAGGGCCCAGAAGGGAAGCUGAAAGGCCCUAAGUUUAGGAUGCCAGAGAUGCACUUCAAGGCUCCCAAGAUGUCCAUGCCUGAUGUGGACUUACACUUGAAAGGUCCCAAGGUGAAAGGGGAUGUGGAUGUGUCCGUGCCCAAGAUAGAAGGUGAAGUGAAAGUGCCAGAUGUGGACAUCAAAGGACCCAAAGUGGAUGUCGAUGUCCCAGAUGUGGAUGUUCAUGGCCCAGACUGGCACCUGAAGAUGCCUAAGAUGAAAAUGCCCAAGUUCAGUGUGCCAGGCUUCAAAGGCAAGGGCCCAGAAGUGGAUGUGAACCUGCCCAAGGCUGACAUUGAUGUAUCAGGACCCAAGGUGGACAUUGAAGCCCCAGAUGUGAGCCUUGAGGGCCCAGAAGGGAAGCUGAAGGGACCCAAAUUUAAGAUGCCUGAGAUGCACUUCAAGGCUCCCAAGAUCUCCAUGCCUGAUGUGAACUUGAAUCUGAAGGGGCCAAAACUAAAGGGAGAUGUGGACGUGUCUGUGCCUGAUGUAGAAGAUGAAAUGAAAGUGCCACAUGUGGACAUUAAAGGGCCCAAAGUUGACAUUGGUGCUCCAGAUGUGGAUGUCCAUGGCCCAGACUGGCACUUGAAGAUGCCCAAGGUGAAAAUGCCUAAGUUCAGCAUGCCAGGCUUCAAAGGCGAGGGCCCAGAUGUGGAUGUGAACCUGCCCAAGGCAAAUGUUGAUGUCUCAGGGCCCAAGGUGGAUGUUGAAGUUCCAGAUGUGAAUAUUGAUGGUCCAGAGGCAAAAGUAAAAGGUCCUAAAUUUAAGAUGCCAGAAGUGAAUAUAAAGCCUCAGAAGAUAUCCAUGCCAGAUGUUGGUUUGCAUUUGAAAGGUCCAAAAAUGAAAGGAGAUUAUGAUGUUACAAUUCCAAAAGUCGAAGGAGAGAUAAAAGCUCCUGAUGUUGACAUCAAGGGUCCCAAAGUGGACAUUAAUGCACCAGAUGUGGGAGUUCAUGGCCCAGACUGGCAUCUGAAGAUGCCCAAGGUGAAAAUGCCCAAGUUCAGCAUGCCUGGCUUCAAAGGAGAAGGCCCAGAAGUGGAUGUGAACCCACCCAAGGCCGACAUUGAUAUCUCAGGACCUAAGAUGGACAUUGAUGCUCCAGAUGUGAAUAUUGAAGGUCCAGAGGGAAAACUCAAGGGUCCCAAGUUUAAGAUGCCAAGCAUGAAUAUACAGACACACAAAAUCUCUAUGCCUGAUGUUGGACUUAAUCUGAAAGCCCCUAAACUGAAAACUGAUGUAGAUGUUUCCCUUCCCAAAGUGGAAGGAGAUUUGAAAGGUCCUGAAAUUGACAUUAAGGCCCCAAAAAUGGAUGUGGAUGUUGGAGAUAUUGAUAUUGAAGGUCCAGAAGGGAAGCUGAAAGGCCCUAAGUUUAAGAUGCCAGAGAUGCACUUCAAGGCUCCCAAAAUCUCCAUGCCUGAUGUGGACUUACACUUGAAAGGUCCUAAGGUAAAAGGGGAUGUGGAUGUGUCUGUGCCCAAGAUAGAAGGUGAAAUGAAAAUGCCAGAUGUGGACAUUAAAGGACCCAAAGUGGAUGUGGAUGUCCCAGAUGUGGAUGUCCAUGGUCCAGACUGGCACCUGAAGAUGCCCAAAGUGAAAAUGCCCAAGUUUGGCAUACCUGGUUUCAAAGGUGAGGGCCCAGAAGUGGACGUGAACCUGCCCAAAGCCGACAUUGACAUCUCUGGCCCCAAAGUGGACAUUGAUACUCCUGAUUUGGAUAUAGAGGGACCAGAAGGAAAAUUAAAGGGCUCUAAAUUUAAGAUGCCUAAGUUGAAUAUCAAAGCUCCUAAGAUAUCCAUGCCAGAUGUGGACUUGAAUUUGAAGGGACCUAAAGUGAAAGGAGAAAUGGAUUCUUCUGUGCCUGAACUAGAAGGUGUACUCAGAGGUCCACAAGUUGAUAUCAAAGGCCCCAAUUUGGAUGUGGAGGUGCCUGAUGUUGAUCUGGAAUGUCCUGAUGCGAAAUUGAAAGGCCCUAAAUUUAAGAUGCCAGAGAUGCACUUCAAGGCUCCCAAGAUGUCCAUGCCUGAUGUGGACUUACACUUGAAAGGUCCCAAGGUGAAAGGGGAUGUGGAUGUGUCCGUGCCCAAGAUAGAAGGUGAAAUGAAAGUGCCAGAUGUGGACAUCAAAGGACCCAAAGUGGAUGUCGAUGUCCCAGAUGUGGAUGUUCAUGGCCCAGACUGGCACCUGAAGAUGCCUAAGAUGAAAAUGCCCAAGUUCAGUGUGCCAGGCUUCAAAGGCGAGGGCCCAGAAGUGGAUGUGAACCUGCCCAAGGCUGACAUUGAUGUAUCAGGACCCAAGGUAGACACUGAAGCCCCAGAUGUGAGCCUUGAGGGCCCAGAAGGGAAGCUGAAGGGACCCAAAUUUAAGAUGCCUGAGAUGCACUUCAAGGCUCCCAAGAUCUCCGUGCCUGAUGUGAACUUGAAUCUGAAGGGGCCAAAACUAAAGGGAGAGGUGGAUGUGUCAGUGCCAAAAUUGGAAGGAGAUUUGAAAGGCCCCAGUGUGGAUGUGGAGGUGCCUGAUGUUGAUCUGGAAUGUCCUGAUGCGAAAUUGAAAGGCCCUAAAUUUAAGAUGCCAGAGAUGCACUUCAAGGCUCCCAAGAUGUCCAUGCCUGAUGUGGACUUACACUUGAAAGGUCCCAAGGUGAAAGGGGAUGUGGAUGUGUCUGUGCCCAAGAUAGAAGGUGAAAUGAAAGUGCCAGAUGUGGACAUCAAAGGACCCAAAGUGGAUGUCGAUGUCCCAGAUGUGGAUGUUCACGGCCCAGACUGGCACCUGAAGAUGCCUAAGAUGAAAAUGCCCAAGUUCAGUGUGCCAGGCUUCAAAGGCGAGGGCCCAGAAGUGGAUGUGAACCUGCCCAAGGCUGACAUUAAUGUAUCAGGACCCAAGGUGGACACUGAAGCCCCAGAUGUGAGUCUUGAGGGCCCAGAAGGGAAGCUGAAGGGACCCAAAUUUAAGAUGCCUGAGAUGCACUUCAAGGCUCCCAAGAUCUCCAUGCCUGAUGUGAACUUGAAUCUGAAGGGGCCAAAACUAAAGGGAGAGGUGGAUGUGUCAGUGCCAAAAUUGGAAGGAGAUUUGAAAGGCCCCAGUGUGGAUGUGGAGGUGCCUGAUGUUGAUCUGGAAUGUCCUGAUGCGAAAUUGAAAGGCCCUAAAUUUAAGAUGCCAGAGAUGCACUUCAAGGCUCCCAAGAUGUCCAUGCCUGAUGUGGACUUACACUUGAAAGGUCCCAAGGUGAAAGGGGAUGUGGAUGUGUCCGUGCCCAAGAUAGAAGGUGAAAUGAAAGUGCCAGAUGUGGACAUCAAAGGACCCAAAGUGGAUGUCGAUGUCCCAGAUGUGGAUGUUCAUGGCCCAGACUGGCACCUGAAGAUGCCUAAGAUGAAAAUGCCCAAGUUCAGUGUGCCAGGCUUCAAAGGCGAGGGCCCAGAAGUGGAUGUGAACCUGCCCAAGGCUGACAUUGAUGUAUCAGGACCCAAGGUGGACACUGAAGCCCUAGAUGUGAGUCUUGAGGGCCCAGAAGGGAAGCUGAAGGGACCCAAAUUUAAGAUGCCUGAGAUGCACUUCAAGGCUCCCAAGAUCUCCAUGCCUGAUGUGAACUUGAAUCUGAAGGGGCCAAAACUAAAGGGAGAUGUGGACGUGUCAGUGCCAGAAUUGGAAGGAGAUUUGAAAGGCCCCAGUGUGGAUGUGGAGGUGCCUGAUGUUGAUCUGGAAUGUCCUGAUGCGAAAUUGAAAGGCCCUAAAUUUAAGAUGCCAGAGAUGCACUUCAAGGCUCCCAAGAUGUCCAUGCCUGAUGUGGACUUACACUUGAAAGGUCCCAAGGUGAAAGGGGAUGUGGAUGUGUCUGUGCCCAAGAUAGAAGGUGAAAUGAAAGUGCCAGAUGUGGACAUCAAAGGACCUAAAGUGGAUGUCGAUGUCCCAGAUGUGGAUGUUCACGGCCCAGACUGGCACCUGAAGAUGCCUAAGAUGAAAAUGCCCAAGUUCAGUGUGCCAGGCUUCAAAGGCGAGGGCCCAGAAGUGGAUGUGAACCUGCCCAAGGCUGACAUUGAUGUAUCAGGACCCAAGGUAGACACUGAAGCCCCAGAUGUGAGCCUUAAGGGUCCAGAAGGAAAACUGAAAGGCCCCAAGUUCAAGAUGCCUGAAAUGCACUUUCAUGCUCCUAAGAUCUCCAUGCCUGAUGUUGAUUUCAACUUAAAAGGGUCUAAAGUCAAAGGAGACUUUGAUGUUUCUGCCCCAAAGCUGGAAGGAGAGUUAAAGGGUCCAGAAGUUGAUGUCAAAGGCCCCAAAUUGGAUGUUGAGUUGCCAGACGUAGCUGUGGAAGGUCCAGAUGGCAAAUGGAAAGGCCCUAAAUUUAAGAUGCCAGACAUGCACUUUAAAGCACCCAAAAUCUCCAUGCCAGACAUUGAUCUACACUUAAAAAGUCCCAAGAUAAAGGGAGAGGUAGAUGCUGAUGUUCCCAAAUUGGAAAGUGACCUCAAAGGGCCAGACCUCAAAGGUGACAUCAGUGGGCCAGAUAUCGACAUCAAAGGACCAGAGGGCAAAUUGAAAGGUCCCAAGUUCAAGAUGCCAGACAUGCAUUUCAAAGUCCCAAAUAUUUCUAUGCCUGAUGUGGACCUAAAUUUGAAAAGACCAGAAAUGAAGGGGGAUGUUGAUGUGUCUGUGCCUGAGGUAGAAGGCAAAAUUAAAGCACCAGAUGUGAACAUCAAGGGCCCCAAAGUAGAUAUAAAUGCUCCUGAUGUCCAUGGCUCAGACUGGCACCUAAAGAUGCCCAAGAUGAAAAUGCCCAAGUUUAGCAUGCCUGGUUUCAAAGCAGAGGGUCCAGAGGUAGAUGAGAAUCUUCCCAAGGCUGACAUUGAGGUCUCAGCACCCAAAGUUGACAUUGAAGUCCCGGAUGUGAGCAUUGAGAAUCCAGAGGGAAAAAUCAAGGGGCCUAAAUUUAAGAUGCCAGAAAUGAACAUCAAAGCUCCCAAGAUCUCCAUGCCUGAUGUAGAUUUACACUUGAAAGGUCCUAAGGUCAAAGGAGAUGUGGAUGUGUCUCUGCCUAAGGUGGAAGGUGACCUCAAGGGCCCUGAAGUUGACAUCAAGGGCCCCAAAGUGGACAUUGAUGUCCCAGAUGUGGAUGUCCAUGGCCCAGAUUGGCACCUGAAGAUGCCCAAGGUGAAAAUGCCCAAGAUAAGCAUGCCUGGCUUCAAAGGAGAAGGCCCAGAAGUGGACGUGAACCUGCCCAAAGCUGACAUUGAUGUAUCAGGACCUAAGGUGGAUGUUGAAUGUCCUGAUGUGAAUAUUGAAGGACCUGAAGGAAAGUGGAAAAGUCCUAAGUUUAAGAUGCCUGAGAUGCAUUUUAAGACUCCAAAGAUCUCCAUGCCAGAUAUUGAUCUUAAUCUAACAGGUCCAAAAAUAAAAGGAGAUGUGGAUGUCACAGGUCCCAAGUUAGAUGGAGACCUGAAAGGCCCUGAAGUUGACCUCAAAGGCCCUAAAGUGGACAUCGAUGUCCCAGAUGUGGACGUCCAUGGCCCAGACUGGCACCUGAAGAUGCCCAAGGUGAAAAUGCCCAAGUUCAGCAUGCCUGGCUUCAAAGGAGAAGGCCCAGAAGUGGAUGUGAACCUGCCCAAGGCUGACAUUGAUGUCUCAGGACCCAAGGUGGACAUUGAGGGCCCUGAUGUUAACAUUGAGGGUCCUGAGGGAAAGUUGAAAGGUCCUAAAUUCAAGAUGCCAGAGAUGAACAUCAAAGCCCCCAAGAUCUCCAUGCCUGACUUUGAUUUGCACCUGAAAGGUCCCAAGGUAAAGGGCGAUGUGGAUGUAUCUCUCCCUAACGUGGAAGGUGACCUCAAGGGCCCUGAAGUUGACAUCAAGGGCCCCAAAGUGGAUGUCGACAUCCCAGAUGUGGAUGUCCAUGGUCCAGACUGGCACCUGAAGAUGCCCAAGGUGAAAAUGCCCAAGUUCAGCAUGCCUGGCUUCAAAGGAGAAGGCCCAGAAGUGGAUGUGAACCUGCCCAAGGCUGACAUUGAUGUCUCAGGACCCAAACUGGACAUCGAAGGCCCUGAUGUUAACAUUGAAGGACCAGACGGAAAGUUGAAAGGUCAUAAAUUCAAGAUACCUGAGAUGAACAUUAAAGCUCCAAAGAUCUCCAUGCCAGACAUUGAUCUUAACCUGAAAGGCCCUAAAGUGAAGGGCAAUGUGGAUGUGUCUUUACCAAAAGUGGAAGAUGAGAUUAAAGUUCCUGAAGUGGAUAUUAAGGGCCCCAAAGUGGAUGUCGACAUCCCAGAUGUGGAUGUCCAUGGCCCAGACUGGCACCUGAAGAUGCCCAAGAUAAAAAUGCCCAAGUUCAGCAUGCCUGGCUUCAAAGGAGAAGGCUCAGAAGUGGAUGUGAACCUGCCCAAAGCUGACAUUGAUGUCUCAGGACCCAAGGUUGACAUUGAUGUUCCAGAUGUCAAUAUUGAAGGUCCAGAUGCAAAACUGAAGGGCCCCAAGUUCAAGAUGCCUGAGAUGAACAUCAAAGCUCCUAAGAUCUCAAUGCCAGAUUUGGACCUUAAUCUUAAAAGCCCUAAAAUGAAAGGAGAGUUAGAUGUUUCCGUUCCAAAUAUAGAAGGUGAUGUGAAAGGACCUACUCUUGACAUCAAGGGCCCAAAGAUAGAUGUAGACGCUCCAGAUAUUGACAUUCAUGGCCCUGAAGGAAAAUUAAAAGGUUCCAAACUGAAGAUGCCAGACAUGCAUGUAAACAUGCCCAAGAUCUCCAUGCCCGAAAUUGACCUGAAUUUGAAAGGCACAAAACUUAAGGGAGAUGUUGAUGUUUCUGGGCCCAAAUUAGAAGUUGAUGUUAAAGCUCCCAAGUUGGAUGUAAAGGGCCCAGAAGUGGACAUUUCUGGUCCUAAGGUCAAUCUUGAAGGUAAAUCAAAGAAAUCACGUUUUAAGCUUCCUAAAUUUAAUUUUUCAGGCUCCAAAGUUCAGACACCUGAGGUGGAUGUCAAAGUUAAAAAGCCAGAUAUUGAUGUGACAGGUACAAAAGUUGAUACUAAUGCUCCUGAUGUUGAGGUCCAAGGAAAAGUGAAAGGAUCCAAGUUCAAAAUGCCUUUCCUAAGUAUUUCAUCUCCUAAAGUUUCUAUGCCUGAUGUGGAGUUAAAUUUGAAAGGUCCUAAAGUCAAAGGAGACUUAGAUCUUACAGCUCCUAAUUUAGAAGGUGACUUUAAAGGACCCAAAGUAGAUAUUAAAGCACCAGAAGUUCAUCUUGAUGCACCUGAUGUGGAUGUUCAUGGUCCAGAUUGGAAUUUGAAAAUGCCUAAAAUGAAAAUGCCCAAAUUUGGUGCUCCUGGCUUAAAAGCAGAAGGGCCAGAAAUGGCUGUGGAUUUGCCAAAAAGAGAUAUCAGCCUAGAGGGUCCCAGAAUGGACAUUGAGAGCCCAAAAAUCAACGUGGAAGGUGUAGAAGGAAGCUUAAAAGGUCCCAAACUCAAGAUGCCUGACAUGAACAUCAAAACCCCCAAGAUCUCCAUGCCUGAUAUUGACUUAAACCUGAAAGGUCCCAAGGUAAAGGGUGAUGUGGACGUGUCUCUGCCCAAGGUGGAAGGUGACCUCAAGGGUCCUGAAAUUGACAUCAAAGGGCCCAAAGUGGACGUCGACGUCCCAGAUGUAGAUGUCCAUGGCCCGGACUGGCACCUGAAGAUGCCCAAGGUGAAAAUGCCCAAGUUCAGCAUGCCUGGCUUCAAAGGAGAAGGCUCAGAAGUGGACGUGAACCUGCCCAAGGCGGACAUUGAUGUCUCAGGACCCAAGGUGGACAUCGAUGUUCCAGAUGUCAAUAUCGAAGGUCCAGAUGCAAAACUGAAGGGCCCCAAGUUCAAGAUGCCUGAGAUGAAUAUCAAAGCUCCAAAAAUCUCCAUGCCUGACCUUGACUUUAACCUGAAGGGCCCCCAAAUGAAGGGCGGUAUGGAUGUUUCUCUGCCUAAGGUGGAAGGUGACCUCAAAGGCCCUGCAAUUGAUAUUAAGGGCCCCAAGGUGGACAUUGACACUCCUGAUAUUAACAUUGAAGGGCCAGAGGGGAAAUUGAAAGGCUCCAAGUUCAAGAUGCCAGAGAUGAAUAUCAAAGCCCCCAAGAUCUCCAUGCCUGAUAUUGACUUAAACCUGAAGGGCCCCAAGGUGAAGGGUGAUGGAGAUGUUUCCCUUCCUAAGUUUGAAGGGGAUCUUAAAGGCCCUGAAGUAGAUCUCAAAGGGGCCAAAGUGGAUGUUGGCGUCCCAGAUGUGGAUGUCCAUGGUCCAGACUGGCACCUGAAGAUGCCCAAGGUGAAAAUGCCCAAGUUCAGCAUGCCUGGCUUCAAAGGAGAAGGCCCAGAAGUGGACGUGAACCUGCCCAAGGCUGACAUUGAUGUCUCAGGACCCAAGGUGGACAUUGAGGGCCCUGAUGUUAACAUUGAGGGUCCUGAGGGAAAGUUGAAAGGUCCUAAGUUCAAGAUGCCGGAGAUGAACAUCAAAGCCCCCAAGAUCUCCAUGCCUGACUUUGAUUUGCACCUGAAAGGUCCCAAGGUAAAGGGAGAUGUGGAUGUGUCUCUGCCUAACGUGGAAGGUGACCUCAAGGGCCCUGAAGUUGACAUCAAGGGCCCCAAAGUGGAUGUCGACAUCCCAGAUGUGGAUGUCCAUGGUCCAGACUGGCACCUGAAGAUGCCCAAGGUGAAAAUGCCCAAGUUCAGCAUGCCUGGCUUCAAAGGAGAAGGCCCAGAAGUGGAUGUGAACCUGCCCAAAGCUGACAUUGAUGUAUCAGGACCCAAGGUGGACAUCGAUGUUCCAGACGUCAAUAUUGAAGGUCCAGAUGCAAAACUGAAGGGCCCCAAGUUCAGGAUGCCUGAGAUGAACAUCAAAGCCCCCAAGAUCUCCAUGCCUGAUAUUGACUUGAAUCUGAAAGGUCCCAAGGUAAAGGGUGAUGUGGAUGUGUCUCUGCCUAAAGUGGAAGGUGACCUCAUGGGCCCUGAAAUUGACAUCAAAGGGCCCAAAGUGGAUGUCGAUGUCCCAGAUGUGGAUGUCCAUGGUCCAGACUGGCACCUGAAGAUGCCCAAGGUGAAAAUGCCCAAGUUCAGCAUGCCUGGCUUCAAAGGAGAAGGCCCAGAAGUGGAUGUGAACCUGUCCAAAACUGACAUUGACAUCUCAGGACCCAAGGUGGACAUAGACACUCCUGAUGUUGACAUUCAUGGCCCAGAGGGGAAACUGAAGGGUCCCAAGUUUAAAAUGCCUGACCUACACCUCAAGGCACCUAAGAUCUCCAUGCCUGAAGUGGAUAUGAAUCUGAAGGGUCCCAAGGUAAAGGGCGAUGUGGAUGUGUCUCUGCCCAAAGUGGAAGGUGACCUCAAGGGCCCUGAAGUUGACAUCAAGGGCCCCAAAGUGGAUGUCGACAUCCCAGAUGUGGAUAUCCAUGGCCCAGACUGGCACCUGAAGAUGCCCAAGGUGAAAAUGCCCAAGUUCAGCAUGCCUGGCUUCAAAGGAGAAGGCUCAGAAGUGGACGUGAACCUGCCCAAGGCGGACAUUGAUGUCUCAGGACCCAAGGUGGACAUCGAUAUUCCAGAUGUCAAUAUCGAAGGUCCAGAUGCAAAACUGAAGGGCCCCAAGUUCAAGAUGCCUGAGAUAAACAUCAAAGCCCCCAAGAUCUCCAUGUCUGACCUUGACUUUAGCCUCAAGGGCCCCAAAAUGAAGGGUGAUGUGGAUGUUUCUCUGCCCAAAGUGGAAGGUGACCUUAAAGGCCCUGAAAUUGACAUCAAGGGCCCCAAAGUGGACAUCGAUACUCCUGAUAUUAACAUUGAAGGCCCAGAGGGGAAACUGAAAGGCCCCAAGUUCAAAAUGCCAGAGAUGAAUAUCAAAGCCCCCAAGAUCUCCAUGCCUGACUUUGACUUAAGUUUGAAAGGGCCAAAGGUAAAGGAGGAUUCGGACCUUUCUUUACCUAAGAUGGAAGGUGAUCUAAAAGGGCCAGAGGUAGAUAUUGAAUGUCCUGAAGGGAAACUCAAAUGUCCCAAAUUUAAAAUGCCUGAUGUCCAUUUCAAAACCCCACAAAUCUCCAUGAGUGAUAUUGAUUUGAACUUGAAAGGACCUAAGAUAAAGGGGGAUUUGGACUUUUCCAUUCCUAAUCUGGAAGGAGAUCUGAAAGGACCCAAAGUGGAUGUUAAAGGCCCUAAUCUGGACAUGGACACUCCUGAUGUUGACAUUCAUGGCCCAGAGGGGAAACUGAAGGGCCCCAAGUUUAAAAUGCCUGACCUACACCUCAAGGCACCUAAGAUCUCCAUGCCUGAAGUGGACAUGAAUCUGAAGGGUCCCAAGGUAAAGGGCGAUGUGGAUGUGUCUCUGCCCAAAGUGGAAGGUGACCUCAAGGGCCCCAAAGUGGAUGUCGACAUCCCAGAUGUGGAUGUCCAUGGUCCAGACUGGCACCUGAAGAUGCCCAAGGUGAAAAUGCCCAAGAUCAGCAUGCCUGGCUUCAAAGGAGAAGGUUCAGAAGUGGACGUGAACCUGCCCAAGGCCAAUAUUGAUGGAUCAGGACCCAAGGUGGACAUCGAUGUUCCAGAUGUCAAUAUUGAAGGUCCAGAUGCAAAACUGAAGGGCCCCAAGUUCAGGAUGCCUGAGAUGAACAUCAAAGCCCCCAAUAUCUCCAUGCCUGAUAUUGACUUGAAUCUGAAAGGUCCCAAGGUAAAGGGUGAUGUGGAUGUGUCUCUGCCUAAGGUGGAAGGUGACCUCAAGGGCCCUGAAAUUGACAUCAAAGGGCCCAAAGUGGACGUUGACAUCCCAGAUGUGGAUGUCCAUGGCCCUGACUGGCACCUGAAGAUGCCCAAGGUGAAAAUGCCCAAGUUCAGCAUGCCUGGCUUCAAAGGAGAAGGUUCAGAAGUGGACGUGAACCUGCCCAAGGCCGAUAUUGAUGUAUCAGGACCCAAGGUGGACCUCGAUGUUCCGGAUGUCAAUAUUGAAGGUACAGAUGCAAAACUGAAGGGCCCCAAGUUCAAGAUGCCUGAGAUGAACAUCAAAGCCCCCAAGAUCUCCAUGCCUGAUAUUGACUUGAAUCUGAAAGGUCCCAAGGUAAAGGGUGAUGUGGAUGUGUCUCUGCCUAAGGUGGAAGGUGACCUCAAGGGCCCUGAAAUUGACAUCAAAGGGCCCAAAGUGGAUGUCGAUGUCCCAGAUGUGGAUGUCCAUGGUCCAGACUGGCACCUGAAGAUGCCCAAGGUGAAAAUGCCCAAGUUCAGCAUGCCUGGUUUCAAAGGUGAGGGCCCAGACGUGGAUGUUACUCUCCCUAAAGCUGACCUCGAUAUUUCUGGGCCCAAGAUGGACAUCAGUGCCCCAGAUGUGAAUAUCGAAGGUCCAGAUGCAAAAUUGAAGGGCCCCAAGUUCAAGAUGCCAGAGAUCAAUAUCAAAGCGCCCAAAAUCUCCAUGCCUGAUGUUGACCUGGAUUUGAAAGGACCCAAAGUCAAAGGAGAUUUUGACGUGUCUGUCCCUAAGACUGAUGGUGCUUUCAAAGGCCCAGAAGUAGAUCUUAAAGGUUCAGGUCUGGAUUUUGAAGGCUCAGAUGCCAAGCUCAGUGGCCCAAAUUUGAAGAUGCCUUCGCUGGAUAUUUCUGCCCCGAAAGUAACUGUCCCUGAUGUUGAUUUGCAUUUCAAGGCACCCAAAAUUGGGGUUUCUGGUCCCAAGUUGGAAGGUGCUGAAGUGGACCUCAAAGGGCCCAAAGUUGAUUUAGAAGCUCCAAGCUUAGAUGUACACAUGGAGAGCCCAGAUAUUAAUGUUGAGAGCCCAGACAUUAAAAUUCCCAAAUUUAAGAAACCGAAGUUUGGUUUUGGGGCAAAAAGCCCCAAAGCUGACCUCAAGUCACCUUCCCUGGAUGUGACUAUGCCUGAGGCAGAGCUGAAUGUUGAGACUCCUGAAAUUAGUGUUGGUGGCAAGGGCAAGAAAAGUAAGUUUAAAAUGCCCAAAAUUCACAUGAGUGGCCCCAAAAUGAAAGCCAAAAAACAGGGAUUUGAUUUGAAUGUUCCUGGGGGUGAAAUUGAUGCCUCUCUCAAGGGUCCUGGUAUGGAUGUCAAUGUUGUUGGGCCCGAUGCCAUGCUUAAAGUUGAUGUGAAAUCUCCUAAAACCAAGAAACCUAUGUUUGGGAAAAUGUACUUUCCAGAUGUAGAAUUUGACAUCAAAUCGUCUAAAUUUAAAGCCGAGGCCCCUCUCCCUAGCCCUAAAAUGGAGGGUGAAAUCCAGGCCCCUGAUCUGGAUAUCUCUUCACCGGGGAUUCAUGUGGAAGGUCCUGACAUCAAGCUGAAGGCUCCCAAGGUCAAGAUGCCAGGCAUGGAUGUCUCCGGGGCAAAAAUAGAGGGUGACCUGAAAGGCCCCAGGGUGCAGACAAACUUGGAUGCACCUGAUGUCAACGUAGAAGGCCUAGAUUCGAAAGUCAAAGCACCGUCGUUUGGCAUUUCUGCCACUCAGGCCUCCAUCCCUGAUGUGAAUGUUAGCUUGAAAGGACCAAAGAUAAAGGGUGAGGUCCCCAGGGUGGGGCUGGAAGGACCAGAUAUAGAUCUGCAAGGUCCAGAACCGAAGAUCAAGUUCCCCAAGUUUUCGAUGCCCAAGAUUGGUGUCCCUAGUAUGAAGAUGGAAGGCAGAGGAGGAGCUGAAGUCCACGCCCAGCUGCCCUCUCUUGAAGGAGGCUUGAGUGCACCCGACGUUAGGCUUGAAGGGGCUGAUGUGUCUCUGAAAGAGCCAAAAGUAGACUUGCCUUCAGUGAACCUGUCUAUGCCAAAAGUCUCUGGACCUGACCUUGACCUGCACUUGAAAGGACCAAGUUUGAAGGGAGACCUGGAUGCCUCUGUUCCUAGUGUGAAGGUGCACACUCCAGGGGUUGACCUCAGAAGUCAAGGUGGAAAGGUGAGGAUGGAAGGAGACGGUGUGAAAGUGCCUGGGAUUGAUGCCACAACAACACUGAACCUUGGCGCACCAGACGUGGCCCUGAAGGGACCAAGCCUACAGGGAGACCUGGCUGUCUCUGAUGACAUCAAGUGCCCUAAAGUAUCAGUAGGUGCUCCUGAUCUGAGCUUGGAGGCCCCCGAAGGCAGCAUUAAACUUCCCAAAAUGAAGCUGCCCCAGUUUGGCAUCUCAACUCCAGGGUCUGACUUGGACAUGAACAUCAAGGGGCCACAAGUGACUGGAGAGCUACCGGGGCCAGGCAUGGAUGUGAACCUUGGAGCCCUGAACCUAAAAGGGCUUCAGAUCUCUGGCCCUCAAGUCUCGGCACCAGACAUGGACUUGAAAUUGGAAGGACCAAAAAUAAAAGGGAGCCUUGGGGCCGCUGGUGAGAUGACAGGUCCCACUGUUGGAGGAGGUCUUCCAGGCAUCAGUGUUCAAUGCCUAGAAGGAAACCUCCAGAUGCCUGGAAUUAAACCCUCUGGAUGUGAUGUGGAGCUGCUUGGUGUGAAUGUGAAGCUCCCAGCAGGGCAGAUUUCUGGUCCUGAAGUCAAAGGCGAUCUAAAAGGUUCAGGAAUAGGUUUCCAAGGGGCUGCUCCCGACAUUAGCAUCAAGGACCCUUCACUUAAUACAGCUUCUCCUGAGUCAGAUUUCGGUGUCAACUUGAAGGGCCUGAAAAUCAAAGGAGGUAUGGAUGUUUCCGGGGGUGUCAGCGCCCCAGCUGUCAGCCUGGGCGAAGGGCACUUGAGCAUCAAGGGACCCCAGGCCACCUCUGCUCUCAGCUUGGAUGCCCCUAAGAUUGCUGGGGGACUUCAUUUCUCAGGACCAAAGGGAGAAGGAGGGGUGAAAGGAGGCCAGAUUGGACUCCAGGGUCCUGGGCUGAGUGUGUCUGGGUUUCCAGGUCACUCAGAAAGCAGAUCUGGAAAAGUAACAUUCCCCAAGAUGAAGAUCCCCAAAUUCACAUUCUCUGGCCGUGAGCUGGUUGGCAGGGAAGUGGGGGUGGAUAUUAACUUCCCUCGAGCAGAGGCCACUGGCCACCAGGCUGGGGCCGGAGAUGGUGAGUGGGAAGAGUGUGACAUAAAACUUAAGAAGUCCAAGAUCAAAAUGCCCAAGUUCAAUUUUUCCAAACCUAAAGGGAAAGGUGGUGUCGCUGGCUCCCCGGAAGCAUCCAUCUCAGGCUCCAAGGGCGACCUGAAGAGCUCAAAGGCCAGCCUAGGUUCUCUGGAAGGAGACACCGACGACGUUGAAACAUCAUCCCCCAAAGGCAAAUUCUCUUUAUUUAAGAGUAAGAAGCCUCGGCACCGCUCAAACUCCUUCAGUGAUGAACGGGAGCUCUCUGCGCCUUCUACUCCGACUGGGACUUUGGAGUUUGAAGGUGGGGAUGUGUCCCUGGAAGGCGGAAAAGUCAAAGGGAAGCAUGGAAAGCUGAAAUUCGGUACCUUUGGUGGAUUGGGGUCAAAGAGCAAAGGUCAUUAUGAGGUGACUGGGAGUGAUGAAGAGGCAGGCAAGUUACAGGGGAGCGGAGUGUCCCGACUGUCCUCGUCUUCCAGCAAUGACAGUGGGACGAAGGUUGGCAUCCAGCUUCCCGAGGUGGAGCUGGUAGUCUCCAAGAAAGAGUAGCAGGCCCCUGUGUGUGUGUGUACAUAUAUGUAUAAAAGUACAUCAGCCUUGGGUGUGUCUGUAUAUAAACGCCAAAGAGAAACGCUGACAGCCUCAGCAUAAUGCAAAGACCCGGCCUCCCUGCCCAUGCAAGUGCUGGAAAGCCAACAGACAGCGUUAAUGCCUGGGUCAGAGCUUUACAGAUCUAAGUGUCAAGGGCUCCAAGUUUGUCCAGACCAUGUGCAGAGCCAACAGUGUUUGCCUUACGAUUUCAGGUUUUUUUUUUUUUUGCAUCGAAUGCUGAGAGCUCCUGUUUACUAAGCAAGCUUUUGUGUUUAUUAUCCUCAUUUUUACUGAACAUUGUUAGUGUUGGGUCAUGGAAACCCACUUUUUCAUUAUAAUGACUUCUAGGGCUUUUGUUAGUAAGGGUGGGGGUGGGGUAGAAGGCAGUAGCGGGGGCCAGACUCCCAUUUCUCCUAAGAUUGGAUCUAUUCCAUGGUGAACACCCAGGGAGGGCCGAGAGGAGCGUGUGGGGGUCUUGAGAUCUCUGCAGCAGUGCCUUCUCUGCCCCAGAGGUGGCGGUCCUCGCCAGUUUGGCGCUCAUGGUGAGACAGAAUGAGACCUGUUGGCAAAUGGGCCAACCCAGCAGCUCAGCAUGAGGGGCUUCCAUCCUGUGUAUCAUAGGAGAAAUGUUUUCUUCCUGGCUGCCACAUUCCUGAUACUAGUUCUGACUUCUUUUAAUAACUCUUAUCAUGAUUAAGAAAAUUUCCCACACUUUAAUGGCAAAUUAAUUGAGAAUGUCAGAAAAUCGAUGCUGUCAAAAGCAAAUAAAGCUGUUUAUUAACUCUGA